GGUAAACCAGUCAAUUGACGUCAGAGAAGACAUUUUGUCAACAAAAAUAGAAACGCAAAAUCUUGUGACAAAUUAAUCAUCGACUUAGCAUUUAUUGUUUGAUCGCAUUUUGAAACGAAAAAGCCAAAAUGGGCUGUAUAAUUGGAGGUUUGGCAUGUUGUGUUGGCAGUGCAGCUUGCAGUCUGUGUUGUGCUGCAUGUCCAUCAUGUAAGAAUUCUACAUCUACAAGAAUUGCCUACUCUAUGAUGCUUCUUUUUGGAACCAUUGUAGCAGCUGUGAUGCUGGCUCCAGGUCUGAGGGAAAAGCUAGACGAUAUUCCAGGAUUGUGUAAAAGUUUUGUUGGAGAGCAUGUGUGGAACACUCAGUUAUUAAAGGAGCAGCAAUGUGAUGAAGUGGUUGGAUACCUUGCCGUGUAUCGUGUCUGUUUCUCUAUGGCGGCGUUUUUCUUCCUGUUCUGUGUUAUCAUGAUCAAGGUGAGCUCGUCAAAGGAUCCUCGGUCAAAGAUCCAGAACGGGUUUUGGCUCUUCAAGGUCCUUAUAAUGAUCGGAAUAUGUGUUGGUGCAUUCUUCAUUCCUAGAGGAGACUUUGGCAAAGCGUGGAUGUGGAUAGGGUUGAUUGGAGCGUUCCUGUUUAUACUGAUACAGUUGAUCUUGUUGAUUGAUUUUGCACAUGGCUGGAGUGAAAGCUGGGUUGAACAAUACGAGGAAACUGAAGCUAAAUGCUAUUAUUAUGGUCUGCUGUUUUUCACAGUCAUAUUUUACCUCUUGUCGUUAACUGGAAUAAUACUGUUCUACAUAUUCUAUGCGAAUGAUGGUGAAUGUAGUCUACACAAGUUUUUUGUGAGUUUCAACUUGAUCCUGUGUAUUGCCGUGUCAGUCAUAUCUAUCCUACCUAAAAUACAAGAAUGUCAGCCAAGGUCAGGACUCCUUCAGGCAUCUGUGAUCACAGCUUAUGUCACCUACCUGACAUGGUCAGCAAUGUCAAAUAACCCCAACAGUAAAUGUAACCCCAGCUUGUCUCAGAUUGUGGACCCAUCAUUAAAUGUUACAACCCCCGCACCAGGUGAUGGUGCUCAAGUGUGGGGUAAAGGAAAUACAUUUGAUUGGAGCUCUAUUGUGGCUCUUGGUAUCUGGCUGUUUGCUGUUCUCUACUCCAGUAUUCGUACAUCAACUAACAGUCAGGUUGGUAAAAUCACAAUGUCUGAGAAGACCAUUUUACAGAGUGACACUGGCUCUGAUAAGAUACCUUUGACUGAAGAUGGGUCUAGUGACACCAAUGAUGAGGAGAAAGGCGGUCAGAGGGUGUGGGAUAAUGAGGAAGAGGGUGUGGCUUACAGUUACUCUUUCUUCCACUUCAUGUUGAUGCUUGGAUCACUGUAUGUGAUGAUGACACUUACAAAUUGGUUCAGCCCCAGUUCCGAUUUCUCCACAUUGAACUCGAACAUGGCGGCAGUAUGGGUGAAGAUCGUGUCAAGUUGGAUCUGUAUUGUACUGUAUGUGUGGACCCUGGUCGCACCAGUCAUCCUUAAGGACAGAGAUUUUAACUAGGUGCAUAGCCCCUGGACAGAAAAAAAGGACGAGUAGAAUCCAAAGUGGAUUGGAAAUGUAUAUAUAAACUUACAUGCUAAAAAGC